AUGCAUCACGUAUUAGGAACUAAUGAAUGUAUAGCAAAUUAUUUGGAUGGUGGUUUUAUGCGCUCCGUUUGGUGUUUGUUGCAUACCAGUUCAUUGUUUUUGCUAAUAAUCGCAUCGUUUUUCUUUACAAAACCAAUCUGGCUACUUUGGCCAGCACUUUUGAUGCAAUCAUCGUAUGCUCUCGGGUUAGCGGUGUUAACAAUGGCAACAGCGCCAAAGAUGCUUGACGCAUUGAGUGGUAAAAUAGAUACGGAAUUCGGUACCGCAUUUACUGUUUAUGGGAAACAAAUUGGAUGGUGGCUACCUCGGGACUUGCUUGAACUGAGGGCUAUGGCUUUUUUGAAAUUCGGCUGGUUUGUUAUUCAGACAGUAACAUUAGAAAAAAUGGAAGGGAAAUCCACUCCAAUUUUUGACAAAUUUGGAGCAAUUGCAAACUGA